UGGUCAUUGCGAUGGGUGGCGGUGGCGGUGGAGAGUGGUGGAAACCAAGUGGUGUGGGCCCGGCGUGUAGAGUAGGAGAAGAGUGCGCCAGGAGGGCGAGAGCAGGAGAGAAGGAGGAUCGGACUGCACAGGAAAGUAAGCUCGAUCCCAGUUCGAACGCUUCGGUUCGGUCUUACGGGUUUAGUCUUGAACGGCGGAUUGUUACCGUGGCUGAUCGGGAGGAUCGGGUUAGAUACCCCGAGGGUUAAAUAUCGUUGAUACCACACCGCGGCCGUUAUCACCUGGCGAGCGUGCGGGCUGGCGCCAUGCACCACCUUUCGCGUCUUCUCUAAGAAGGGCGAAAAUACGGGACUGAUAGCGGCCUGAUCGUCCCUUCCGAGGAAAGUGGUCCUCGACGUUCGUUCGAGGGAAGGAAUCACGGGUCGAGAGUAGGCUGCUCCCGGAAGACCAUCGGCAAUCCGAUGCCGCACAUCGGCAGUCCGACAUCAGCUGCGGAAAGAAGGCGGAGGCAGCAACUACCGGCCACCCUCAAAAAAUGGUGGCCGUGGUGGUUGCUGCUACCAGGAUGUUUGGCGUCGUGGACGCGAUACGUCGAGGAGUACGACUCCAUUAGAGUGGCCAGGUGCGACGCCCGAUGCGGGGAGGAUCAUCCUGACGAGUGCGUGGAAAAUUGCUUGGCGUCGAAUUACACAAAACCUGGUUAUUGUCCCGAGAAGAUGUCCAUGACGCCCUUCGAGGCCGCUUGCUUGAUCGCCUGCGUCGACGACUCCCGCUGCCCGGAUUUGGCGAAGUGUUGCUCCCACGAUUGCGGCAUCACGUGCAUGCAUCCCAUCGGUUUGGACAGUCGAAACGACCUGCCACCUGUGCCCGAGAAUCUGCAGAUACAACAGCAGAGGAGAAAUCUGAUAUUUCUGACGUGGCGCAACAGCAAAUGGGGUGGCAGUAACGUGUCCGUUAACGACUACGACGGGGAUGUUCGGUAUCUGGUCGAGGAGCGUCAUCUGGUCGGCCCCAGGUACAUGGAAUCCAGAUUGAGUUCCUGGGCUGUAUGUCACGUGUCGACGAAGCCACACGCGACCCUACGAGGUAGGCUGAAAACAGGACAUUGGUAUCAGUUUCGUGUGGCGGCUGUCAAUGGAAAUGGAUCGCGUGGAUAUUCCCUACCUUCCAGGCCCUUUAAAACGAAAGAACCGCGAAAUCCGAAGGAACCACAGAACUUGACCUUGUCUAACGCGCGGCUCGUCGGUGGGAAGCUGCGCAUUAAUUUACGAUGGAUUAAGCCGGUAUCGGAUGUGCCGAUAUCGUUUUACAAAGUGUUUUGGAGUAGAUUUAUCCACGGACCAACAAACGAUUCUAUUCUCGUCUACCACAAGACGAUUCUUAAAGACAAGACCUGCUAUGAACUGAAGAAUCUGGAGCCCAAGUGCCAGUACUUCCUUCAGGUGCAGGCGGUGGCGAUGUACGGCGGUCGGCGUCUUACCUCGCGCAAGGCGUCCAAAGUCUUCAACAGCACCGAUUACAUGGCGUACGCCGACGUCGGGAGGCGUUCUCGCAGGUGCGAGCGAACGCAGGCCGGCCUCCACGUGCGUCGCAUGAAUUGCCACUGUGGAGAAGUCAAGGCGCGUCUAGUUUGGCCGGCGAGCGGCGACGCCAGCAUGUAUAAUGUCACUUGGCAAGAAGAGUCCUGUUCACGCAAGAAAAGCCCGGAACGUAGACGGAAGUCCGUUGCUUGGAAGGUGGUUCAGACAUUGCACUAUGACUUGCGACAACUUCGAAACGACUGUAUGUAUAGCGCGAAUGUGCGAAACAUAUUGAAGAACGGCGAAAGUGUCGGUCAUGGGAACAGUAUAGAGUUCUUCGCAACCGGGUGUCAGGACGAUCAGAAGCGGCGGAAGUACUCGCGAGGGAAAAUAACGCGAUGCAAAACGAAAUCAUCCAGAUCCACAGAGCAGUUUUCCGGUUUAUUUGUAAUAAAUAAAUAAAAUAGAGAUCUAUAAUGUUCGGU